AUGAAGUUCAAUCCAGAGGAAACUUUAAAAGAAAAAAAUGUUAGUCUCUAUACAGACGCAUGGGAUCUAAAAUAUGAAGGGUUAGUGCCACCUGGAAAAUGCAUGGAAAUUAAUUGUUCUUUCGGAUAUACAGUGAGACAUUUUCUUUUGCCGAAGCUUCAUCGAAAAUCGACAAUAAUAGGUACCGAUAGUUCAGAAAGCAUGAUCGAAUAUGAUAGAAAAAAUUAUGAUAACACUGAACGAAUCGACUUUGAAGUUCUUGAUAUUCAAACGAAAGGUGUUUUGCCAGAAAAAUAUAUCGCCGAAUUUGAUCAUAUAUUUUCAUUUCCCACUGUGCAUUCUCGUCAUGAUAUUCUAUAA